AUGGUUAUGCUUUAUAACUCACCAAUUGAAGGUAACAAAUACUAUGCUGAUUUUUUAAUAAGGUUUUCCAUGGAUCUCUUACUGAUGAGUGCAAAUAAGUUUCUUGGUGAUGAAAAAGCACCUUUAGUGUUAGAAUUUUGUAAUUUGCUCAGGGAGGUAUCUAAUGAAGAUCCUCUGUAUCAGUCAUGCCGGACUACUCUUAGAAAAUUGCUGGAAAUAGGUAACUAUGAGAUACAUCUCAAUAAUGGGUUACGCACAAUGCUCGAAAUUUUAGAUUUUUUUAAAGAGUCGUUAGUAGCCCUAUUACAUGGAUUGGGCCAGGCCUUCUUCCCGAGCGCGCACAUUCAGUCGCUGAAAAUUCAAUUUCGUGACUUCCGAACAUUCUCACGCGCAUUAUGGCAAGCAAUUCAUGGUCAGGCGGAAACCGAUGAAGAUGGUGAGGUUGAUAAUGAGGAUGAUGAGACAGAUGAAGAUGAUGAGGUUAAUAAUGAGGAUGAUGAGCGUAAGGUUGAUAAUGAGGAUGAUAAGCGUACAAAAAUGAUAGUUCGGGUCUCCACUAGAGCAAUUAAAGUUGGAUUUAUAGAAGUAUUGAAAAAAAUGGAGGUGCAUCUUAGUCGUCUGCCGCUUAUAGUACAAGGAUUGAAAUAUACUGAUGCUUUGGUAUUUAAUGAUGCAAUGCGUUCUAUUUCAUUUUUGUAUCUCGCCAUUCUGAAAGAAUUGAACAGCAUGUCUCAGCUUGUGAAGGGUGGUAAAGAUAAGUUUCGGCAGGUAUUAGAGGGUCAUAAGAAUUCACUGCCACUGAUGAUUAAAAACGUUACAAGGAAAGAUGAUUAUGAUUGGCUUCUUGAGUACAAUGCUGAUAUUACGAGGAAAGAUUAUCAUGGUUGGCUUCUUGAGCACAAUGAUGUGCUUGAUUCUGCGUCCAGGAUGCAUUUACUCAUGAUGAAGAUGAUCCCUGAGAAAAAACUACACGACCCACUGCUUUAUAAGCCUCUUAUUCGAUGGUCUAAAUAUAUGGACGAAAAGCUGUAUGAGCAAUUCAGAAAGAAGAAUCUUACAGAUUCUCAAGUAUUGCAGGAUUGUUUGUGCAAGUUGUGCCAAAUUCUAUUCAAACCACAAAAUCUUCUUUUCCUGGCGUGCCCAAAUGAUCCUACAAAAUUCUAUCCUAAUCCUGAACUAAAACGACAACCGUUACACCUGGACAGUUUUAAAAUUUCUGGAAUAGUGAUUGCACUGGCGUUGAUGCAUGAAGUACACAUAGGCAUUGCCUUUCAUCAUCUGUUUCUUUUGCUGUUGGCUGGAAAUGAUAUUUCUAUGGAAGACAUACGGGAAGCAUGUCCAUCUUUUUGCAACAAGAAGGCCAAGGAACCUUCUCAUGAUGAUAAUCUAAUUCGGAAAGAAUUUAUCCAGUCAGUCUCUGAACAGAUAAACUUUUUCAAGCAAGGCUUUCAUAGUGUAUUUGGAGAAUCAAUCAACCAACUGCUAUCCUAUAGAGGAAUAGAGCUUGAAGAUCUUAACCAGGUGCUACAAGGAAACUUAAACCUUAAGUUUAAUUUCGGAAAAAAGAGAAAAUAUGAAGACAAUGAAAGUGAUCCUCUGACGUCUCAGAAUAAUGAAAGUGAUCCUCUUAUGUACCAGUUCUUCAAGGUUAAUCGACAAAGAGUUAGUAUUACAGAAUGGCAAGAGGGUAAGUUUUUGGGAAAGGGGGGUUUUGGAGUAGUGUACGAAGGAUAUGCUCCUGGUGGUUUCUUUUUUGCCAUCAAGGAAAUAAAAAUUGAAAAUGAGGGGAUGAUUGAGGAAAUUAAUCAUGAGAUUGAUUUAUUAUAUCAAUUGAGACAUCCAAACAUAGUACGUUAUUAUGGCACGGAGAGGCGUGGAUCGAAGGUCUAUAUUUUUCUUAAACUUGUAAGACCAGGUUCCCUCAAACAAAUAUACAAAGAGGAUGGUUUCAAACUGGAAGAUUCCCAAGUGUCCCACUACACUAAACAAAUACUUGAAGGUUUGAAUUAUCUCCAUGGGCUAGGUGUAGCCCACAGGGAUAUCAAAUGUGAAAAUAUAUUAGUGAAUUAUAAAGGACGUGUCAAAAUUACAGAUUUUGGAUUAGCAAAAGUGCCCGAAUUAAAUGCUUUUAUGAAGUCUUGUUGCGGCACAAUACCCUGGAUGGCUCCUGAGGUUAUUAAACGGGACACUGAGUAUGGAUUUAAAGCUGAUAUAUGGAGCCUUGGUUGCACUGUUUUGGAGAUGCUCACUGGGAAAAGCCCAUACUCAGAUUUGGACUGUGGUGCUAAAACGCUAGAAGACGAGAUUGUUAGAGGAAAAUUGCCAACUGUGCCUGAUUCUCUGUCUAAGCGUUCACGAGAUUUUAUCAUGAAGUGUCUGCAUGAUAAUCCAGAUCAUCGUCCAACUGCUGCUGAGCUUUUGCAGGAUCCUUUUGUGAAAGGUUCUGCCUUUUAGCAUUUUAAAAUUUCAGUCAACUCAUUUUCCUUUAUCUUGAACUCUGAAUAAUUCAAUGAGUGUCCAUUAGCAUUUCUUCUUGUUGCUUUCUUUUUUUUUUUUUU